CGUCAUGACGCGCUCGGACCACCGCCUAUCCUCCUCUUCGCGUUACGCGACGCGACAAGUCACGCCCUGUAUCUUCUUUCACAAAGCCUCCUAACAGUGAGACUUGUCCGAACGCGUCUUUCCUUAUCCGCAAGCCGGAUGUCUGCUUCUACUGCCAGCUUCGCCUGAUUACAUAGCCCAGACACUGGGAUUGGGAUGUUCUGACCCAGAUUCGGUCUAGUGGCGUCAUCUUAGUCCACUUUGUUUACUGUACCCCUAGUGGAGUGGUCUCGUAUCAACUAUGGUCCGACCGCAAAGGGUUCGUGCUUUCGACGAAGCCACAGGGCAAGUGUAUGAAGAAACGCAAGUUCCGGUCACGUCGAUGGUCUCAGCUUGGCCAGACAAAUGUAAUGGUAGGAAGACGAAGCCACAGUCUUAUCGUCAUCGCGGACUGGGAGCCUCUUCACUGUACGAUAUGGCAAUGCGAUCAUGUGCUUGGCACAUCAACUUGUUCAUGCCCAGCGAUUUGCAAUCUGCGGAAUGGCAUUUUGCUCACAGGAUAUACGAACACCUGCAGAAGAAUCAGAACUUGACUGCGAAUGCCUGGUCCCUCUUUCAGCAAGCAUUUCCCGGCGAGGCUGAGCUCAACCGCACUUAUCCAAUUCGCAUACCAGCUCUUUAUGGCCAAUCCGCCUCCGAAUUACCAUCCAUCCAGCAGUGGCUCCGGCUGCUCCCCUUCUCACAUUUAUUAUUGCUCAACAUACAAUGUCUCUGUCUCCGUCUUGAUGACCUGAUCACCCUAACAACGCUUCCUAAUCUCGGCGUCCUGCUGAUGCGGUUUGCCUAUGAUAAAUUGCCGCAAGAACUCGAUGACAAGGCGAUGAGAGACUGGAGUCGGGCCGUGAAAGAGAAGGGCGCUUUCACACAGUUGCGCGUAGUUGGCCUCCAUCAUCACGCAGCAAGUCUACCAGCUACUUUGAAGGGACUGUCUCAAUUCCCAGCACUCCGAAUCUGCACUGUUGAGCCUCAACCUCCCUUGGCCUCUUCGCAAGCUGCUAUAUCACAGAUUGCGAGUGCCGCGCUGCCGUUUGAACUACUUGUCGAUGACUACACAGGUACUGCCGACAGCGAUACCCCCGAGGCCGUUUGGUCGAAGGGAAACUUGCCCGGCCAUGUCAAGAUGAAGAUGCUAUACGACUUAGCCGGCCGAAUGCACCCAGAUCAAGCUCCCGAAGACGUACCCGAUUCGGCUGUACUCUCGGUAUACUACGGCGCAGAACGAAAUCUUGCAUACAACAGAUACCCACUCUGGUUCAAGCGACUUGGAUCUGUCGAGACAGAGUAUGAGGCUGGCCGCCAACCGAAGCGAUACCAGGAUGACCAAGGAGGGGAAGAAAGGACUGGUGGAGGGAAGAAGCCAAGAAGGCUUAGGGAAGGGAAGCAGAUGGACAUUGGGUCGUUAUUGGGAGGGUUUGGAUAAGGUGAUGGAAUGAUACACACGAGAUUUGAUGUGGAGAAUCCAUAAUAGGUAC